AAUAGAUCGACUUGAAUGCGUCUUCUUGCUCCAGCAUUCAAGUUCCAUUUCAAGGGAGGACGACGUACCAUGAUACUUUCUAUUUUGUCGAGCCCUGCUUUGGUCUCUAGUUUGAUGGUUGUACGUGCUAAAAAUCCGGUACAUUCUGUUUUGUUUCCCAUCCUAGUCUUUUGCGACACUUCUGGUUUACUUAUUUUGUUAGGUCUCGACUUCUCCGCUAUGAUCUCCCCAGUAGUUCAUAUAGGAGCUAUUGCCGUUUCAUUCCUAUUCGUGGUUAUGAUGUUCAAUAUUCAAAUAGCGGAGAUUCACGAAGAAGUAUUGCGCUAUUUACCAGUGAGUGGUAUUAUUGGACUGAUCUUUUGGUGGGAAAUGUUCUUCAUUUUAGAUAAUGAAACCAUUCCAUUACUACCAACCCACAGAAAUACGACCUCUCUGAGAUAUACGGUUUAUGCCGGAAAGGUACGAAGUUGGACUAAUUUGGAAACAUUGGGCAAUUUACAUUAUACCUACUAUUCCGUCUGGUUUUUGGUUUCUAGUCUGAUUUUAUUAGUUGCUAUGAUUGGGGCUAUAGUACUUACUAUGCAUAGGACUACAAAGGUGAAAAGACAGGAUGUAUUCCGACGAAAUGCCUUGGAUUCUAGGAGCCAUAUAAUGAACAGGACUAUUUCUCCUUUUGGCCAUAGCCAUAGAAGAAGCUUCUCCUCCGGAGCGGGGGGACCGCCUGACAAUUACAAAGAAACCUUUAAAAUGUGGAUUUAGUGCUCAGAAUAUAAGGAUUUCCCUGGCUUAAAAUG